AUGGCACCGGCACGAGCAGCUUCGCCUGUCGCCAGUGCAAUAAAAGCACAUAAACCUCAACCACCUUUACAGCCUCAGCCAUCAAAAGUUCUAACGCUUUGGGUUCACGAAAAUACCUCCACAUUCGCCAAUCAUGAUUGUGUAGUGAAUCCCGAAUUCCUACCUAACAUACGCCCACGGCAAGUUCUUCGCCUGACCUUGUCAAAAAGUUCUCAACAGCAGCAACAAUUAGCAUCCGGAUCGCCUGCGCAGACUCAGCACCAAAAACAGCAGCAGCAAACUCAAGCACAGACGGAGCGUAGCCCGUCUUUAACGGAGCCUAUCAUAGUGCAAGUCGCUGAAGUAGAUAAAUCACAGAUAGAAAAGAAGUUACAGAUAUCAUUGCAUAAAGAUUUGGCCGACAAGCUCAUAUGGCGUUCGCGCUUGGAAGUGGUUGUGGAACCAAUUGACACAGCCCCAGUAAUGUUACGACACAUCGAGUUGGCAUUCAGCGAUCAAUAUAUCGGAAGAAGUGAUAUGUGGAGAUUGCAGCAGAGCCUUCGGGGAACAUGCGUUUAUUCUGAAAAGAAGAUACUUUAUGCUGGGUUAAUCAAGGCUACGGUAAAGCGCUUGUUUUCAAAGGAUGGAAUGGUUACAUCUGGUUAUGUUGAUUCAUCGACAAGAGCAAUAUUCCGAUCAGGUUCAGCGAAAUUUUUCCUCUUUAUUCAAAUGUCGAAAGAGAUGUGGGAUUUCGAUGAGGACGGAGAACUCUAUUUUGAAAAGGUUGUGAACAACUUCUUACCCGACUUGUUCAACCGUUGGAGUUCAAUUUCUACCAACCAUGUGGUUUCAAUUGUUCUAUUCUCUCGAGUAUUCUAUAGUGCAACUGAUGAUGUAGGCGACGACCCGUCCGUCAACGUAGCCGAAGAUGGUCGCUUAUACAAGGACUUUUACAAAGUCAUUGCCGAUUGGGAAACCACUGAAAACUGGAUGUCGUAUAUUGGCCCACUCAAGCGGGAGCAAUUAUCAUUUCAAAGAGACAUCUUGCUUCGAAAAAUUGGAGGAAAGACUGUGGUUUGUGGCGAAGUCUCGUUGGCAUACGAAGGAAACGUCCUGGAAGCCAUCAACUUGGCAUUAAAUCCAUUUGAUCGACACUACAUUGAUCGUGAUUUGCUCAGAAGUGGUUUAUCUAUUAUCAUGAUUACUCCUGGAGCUGGCAAAUUUUCCACAAGCAAAAAGCUUCUUCGAUUGACAAACGAAAGAAUGACAGAUAACGGUAUUGCCAUGGACCUUGUCUGUCUUUCUCAAGUACCACUUCACGUCACUCCGCUAUUUGUUUUCAAAUCAUCACCUCCUCCUCCGCCGCCGCCGCCUGAAGAUGCAAGCAAUGGAAAAGACGGAACUCAAGCAUCCACCAAGCCAGCCAAAGUACCUAAUGUGUCACCUGGAAUGCAUCCACCAACCAACGGGGUUGUGACUAAGCAAAAAACCAUUGCACUGCAAGAUCCACUGUACUAUGAAGACACAGACAAGGAGCGAAGCAAUCAUUAUGCUGUGCCACACUGGGUUGACUGCAGCUUCUUUCAACAUAGCACCGGCCGUUUUGUAAAGGCGGAAAAGUUUACAUCUCGAUGUAAAAUGUACGAGAUUCAAAUGAUGGGUAUCAUGGAGCAUGACAUGGCCAACAUAUCUAUUCCUUUGAUUGAAAGUGAAAAUGAAAAGCCGCAAAGCGAACCAGACGAUGAACCCAGUGGCGAGCGAUUCGUAAACGCUGCUGCCGCCAAUGCAAUUAGCAAUUUGAGCUCUUCACUGCAGAAAACUUUGCCUCUUCCCAGAGUGGAUGAGCAUACCGUCAAUUCUGGUUCCGUAAAGGCUGAAAACUAUUUUCCUCGAUCCGGACCCAUCGUUGACCCUACUCCUGUUCCGUUGGAACAUAAAGAUUCAGAGCCUACAGACACAAAUAUACCUAACGAAGCCAACCAGGAAAUUGAUUUUGAUGUGUACGAUAGCCUUGCCUUCAGACAAACGGGGCGACCUAGGUUUGCUCGACAACUGACGACAUCGAGCGUCUCAAAGGUUCCUAUUGGCCAACCUCUUUCUGGAGCAAGAUCGGAUUCUAUGCCUCCUCACUCUAGCUCUUUCGAUAUAGACCAGACCACACAUCACAUUGUUGACCCUCGUAUUUUAACGCUUGGUGCGGGAGGUUCACGAGAGAUGGCAAGAGCGAGUACCAUAGGAGUAUUACCAGAUGACAGUAAUUUCGAUUACAACAAGACUUGGAAUCAUGCCGAGAAUAAGAAGGUGACCUCGAUUCUUUCAACAUCCCAUCAAGGAUCCACUCACAUUUCAUUUGAUAAUCCAAAUAAGAAGGAUAACGAAAGUGGCAUCCGGGCAAUGGACGUGUUCCGAGCGUCUCCCAAGGACGACACGAUGAUUCGAUCUGGAUUCCCUCGAUCUGACUACAGGCGCAGCGCGGCUGCCCUUCAGAUGACAAAUGCUGCGCAAUCCUCAUCGUUCGACAAACUACCUGUGGACGAUGAUGAGCCUUUCACCAAAGGCCGCAGCACUGUGGAGCCAGUUCCCAUUAAGAAUGGACUGUAUGCCACGUCAAGAUCGUCAACUGAACGACGCAAAAGCUUGACCCAUCAAAGUGGACACUCACCUAGAACUGGGGUAUUGUCGACUAGUGUCACGUCCAUGAAUCGAAACUCUGGAAACAGUGAUUUAACCAAAACCAAUGCAAUUAACGCUACCACCACUUCAGGCAAUCGACCUUCUCCUCGUACAUGGACGAGAAGCAGCUACAACAAACAGUCUAUAGAAGUGAACCCUUGUAAUCCAAAAGAGAUGGGGACCAUCUUCACGUCUCAUUUGCGGCGAUGGCAGCAUGCAGUUCCUAAAUUUGAUCACAAUAAUUCUGGCCCUGCCGUCCAUUGGAGAUCGCUCGUCACACCGGCAUGUCUUCCGCUUACAACUGAUUACUUCCCACCACCUGAAGAACUCGAAAACAUGUAUGAUCAUUACAUGUACACUGUUUCCGCCAGCGAAGAUGUCAAUUUGUAUCAGGCUGGCGAUCGAUCUAUGCCAGAAUACAAGAAGACAGAAAAUUUGUUGAAUGAAAUGAUCAGUCAACGAUUGGCACAAGGGUUCCAAAUCAUUGUUGAAGGAGCUGCCAACAUGCCUGUGCAAAAGCAGAUGCCUAUAAAAGGAUUUGUUGCCAGCAAUGCCGACCCCACGGCUUCGUCUGCAUCCUUCAUAACAAAGGACAACAAGGACAUGCCCAACGUAUCGAUUUCGGGUAGCACGUUAGCGGGACUGGUUAAAACCAAUGUCAAUGGGCCGCUCGUGAACGACAACCAAACGAAGAAUGCAGUGAGCAAGUCCAACGUUUCUUAUCUUUCAAUGGGCCAUCAAGUUCACAAGUUGACGUUUGAUUCAUCUGGCCAAAACGUGGAAGUACGACGUUAUGUGCGACAGAUUAAAUAUGCUACGGACAAGACGAUCUAUCAUUGCGCCAUUUGGCCCAAACAUAUCAAUGGCUAUGGCCAGAAGACCGUCACCUUCAACUACCCUAACUUAGUGUAUGCUUGGAACUACUUGGAUCACUUGGUAGCUGGCUACCAAGAAGAACUCACCGAUAACCUGAGGUUCUGGCGAUCACGAUUCAUUGUUGUUCCUAUGGAGAGGCUUCCAGCGAAUCAUAAUAUCAUUGGUGGCGCAAAUGAUGUAUUGGAUGAUGAAGAGAAACGUCUAGCCUUGUUUGAUACAUGGUGGCAAAGUUUACGAAAGGCCAAGUCUCUCACGCCAUCGGAACGAGAAGACAUGCAAAAGGGAGCCAAGAAGGAGAUUGGGAAUGAAUUUAGCCUAUGCUUGACGACCAUGGACCCUAGCGCAUACAUUGCCAAAGAAGCAGAAAAGGCAUUAAAACCCAUUGAUGUUAGGGGAGUAACACCGACGAUCAGUAGUCCAAAUUUGAACAAAGAGUCCAAGUCCAAGGCCAUUGCCGAUGCUAUGCGUGAUCCAGUGUAUGGAUUAAGGAUAUAUGAUCGACGAUGGCACUUCACGAUGUUCCGCAAUGCCUUUGUCGGAAGUGAAUUUGUUGACUGGUUGAUCAGGACGUUCCCUGAUAUCGAUAGCCGCGAGGACGCUGAAAAGUUUGGCAAUUCAUUGAUGAAUCGAAAGCCACCGUUGUUUGUAUCGUCUUCCAAUCGACAUGGAUUCUUGGAUGGUCACUAUUUCUAUCGCUUACAAGGAACGUUCGCUAUGGCUCAAAACAACGCUUGGUACACCAAAACGUCGCCGCUCAAAAUCAAUACCACCGCUGACAUGUCAGACUCUAGCAGUGGUGAUUUUGACCAUCACACCGCCAAUAAAACCAAGCUCGAGUUCGAUAUGUCACGAUUUAUUAUCAUUGAUGCCGAUACAAAUCAACGUACCGAUCGACGUGAAACGGCUAUUCUUCAUUAUGAUACACUCCACAACCCAGAAAACUGUUACCACUUUCAGCUCAAUUGGCUUGGUUGUACAUCUCAACUGAUUCAAGAUUUGCUUCAUACUUGGAGUCGGCAAGCCGAACGCUGUGGGCUCAAAUUAGUGGAAGGAUCUGUGGAACAGGCGUUUGAGGAUUCUGAAAAUGAAAAUCCUUUCCAAACCCCGGUGCCAAUCCGAUUGGCAGUCCAACCCCCACCGAUUGAUUUAUUACAAAGCAGAGUGAAAGUGCCUGAUCAAUUUUAUGAGAUUGCCCUGGUUCGCCACCUUGGAUUUGUACUGGAUGUUGAAGCAGAUUCCAAGUUUGAUAAGGCUGAAAAGGGUGGAGUGGAGGUCAAAUACUCCUACAUAAAAACCCCAUAUCCCUAUGAUCAAUACAUACAUCGAUCGGGGGUCGCCUUUGUUCAGAUCCGUCCUAGAGGUGACGGUUUCUACUGGGUAAACAAUCGACUCUUCACCAAUCAUACUACCACGCUGCUUUCCCGCGUCAAGAGAGAACGAGAGUUCAGCGCAACCACCGGUCACCAGUGGAGCAACGCGAAUGCCAACUCAACCUCUGCCAUGACCCACCCCGAUACACUGUUGCGAAGUUUCCAAGACUUCUGCGAUGACCCUGUAAAGCUUAACGAGUUUUGGGAAUCCACUACGCGGAACCUUAUUGUCAAAAACGGUCUUGGCUGGGUGUAUGAGAACGCUGGCCAAGUUGAUACCAUCGCGGAUGGAGUUGAUUCUGAUACCGCCACGCUGGAACCCUCCACACCGACUGUGCUGGGCAAAACCAUGACGAAUGAAAGCGUCAAUAGCAACAACUCGUAUUUUGUGGAGUCACCGGCCUCCAAAGGUCCUGACACAGACUAG